GCGCGCUGACGGGUCGGCAAAUUACAGGCGAGGUGGGUUCAGACAGGAGCCCCAAAGGCGGUAUCGCUCGGCACCAACUCGGAGGCCGAGCGCCAUGGACUUCUCCAAGUUCCUGGCCGAUGACUUCGACGUGAAGGACUGGAUCAAUGCGGCCUUCAGAGCCGGCCCUAAAGACGGGGCGGCGGGGAAGGCGGACGGCCACGCAGCCACCCUGGUGAUGAAGCUGCAGUUGUUCAUCCAGGAGGUGAACCACGCCGUGGAGGGUGAGCCACGCAGUCGCCCACCUGACUGUCCCGGCACCCGACUACAGUACGGGGCCCAGGGGCCAGGCCUCUUCUUUGGUGGGAAAGCGAGUCCUGCAGUAGUCUGAGUUAGGUCUGGGCUUUGGUGUUCACCUCUGACAAUGCCGUAACACUUCCUUUAAAACCUAAAAACCUAAACACCUUAAAAAAAAAAAAAAAAGAAAACAAAAAAGAAAGGCAAGCAAGCAAGCUGGGCGUGGUAGCGACCGCCUAUUAUUUCUGCACUGGAGAGGUGGUGCUGAGGAUCAGGAAUUCAAAACCAACUUCAGUUUCAAAAAACAAGUCUCCAAGCCCUUCAGAACAUGCCCAAAGUGCUCCGUGAUGUGGAAGCCCUGAAGCAGGAGGCGUCUUUCCUGAAAGAACAAAUGAUUCUUGUCAAAGAGGACAUUAAAAAAUUUGAGCAGGAUACUUCACAGUCCAUGCAGGUACUGGUAGAGAUUGACCAGGUGAAGUCCAGGAUGCAGCUUGCUGCAGAAUCUCUUCAGGAAGCUGACAAGUGGAGCACGCUGAGUGCUGAUAUUGAGGAGACCUUCAAAACGCAAGACAUAGCUGUGAUCUCUGCAAAGCUGACUGGUAUGCAGAGCAGCUUGAUGAUGCUUGUGGAUACCCCAGACUACUCAGAAAAGUGCGUGCACCUGGAGGCUCUGAAGAACAGACUGGAGGCCCUGGCCAGCCCCCAGAUUGUAGCAGCGUUCACCUCUCAGUCCGUGGAUCAGUCUAAAGUAUUCGUGAAGGUGUUCACUGAAAUCGACCGGAUGCCCCAGCUCCUUGCAUACUACUACAAGUGUCACAAGGUGCAGCUUUUAGCAACCUGGCAAGAGCUGUGUCAGAGGGACCUUCCACUGGACCGGCAGCUCACUGGCCUCUACCAUGCCUUGCUUGGGGCAUGGCACACGCAAACCCAGUGGGCCACACAGGUUUUCAAGAACCCCUAUGAGGUGGUGACAGUGCUGCUGAUUCAGACCCUGGGGGCCUUGGUGCCCUCCCUGCCUAUGUGCCUCAGUGAGGCUGUGGAGAGAGCGGGACCAGAGCUGGAGCUCACCAGACUACUGGAGUUUUAUGACACUACUGCCCACUUUGCCAAGGGGCUGGAAAUGGCGCUGCUCCCCCAUCUCCAGGACCACAACCUGGUGAAAGUUGUUGAGCUGGUGGAUGCUGUAUAUGGUCCGUAUAAACCCUACCAGCUGAAGUACGGUGAUCUGGAGGAGAGCAACCUUCUCAUACAAAUCAGCGCGGUGCCUCUGGAACACGGGGAAGUGAUUGACUGCGUUCAGGAGCUGAGCCAAUCUGUGCACAAGCUCUUUGGCUUGGCAUCUGCAGCUGUUGACAGAUGUGCCAAAUUCACCAAUGGCCUUGGGACCUGUGGACUGCUGACAGCCUUGAAGUCCCUCUUUACCAAGUAUGUGUCUCACUUCACCAAUGCUCUCCAGUCGAUCCGAAAGAAGUGCAAGCUGGAUGAUAUUCCUCCCAACUCCCUGUUCCAGGAGGAUUGGACCGCUUUUCAGAACUCUGUCAGGAUCAUAGCCACCUGUGGAGAGCUCUUGCGCCAGUGUGGGGACUUUGAGCAGCAGCUGGCAAACAGGAUCCUGUCCACAGCAGGGAAGUAUUUGUCUGACUCCUACAGCCCUCGGAGCCUGGCAGGUUUUCAGGACAGCAUCUUGACAGACAAGAAGAGCCCUGCCAAGAACCCAUGGCAGGAAUAUAAUUACCUCCAGAAAGAUAACCCUGCUGAAUAUGCCAAUUUAAUGGAAAUACUUUAUACCCUCAAGGAGAAGGGGUCCAGUAACCAUAACCUGCUGUCUGUGUCUCGCACAGCCCUGACCCGGCUGAACCAGCAGGCCCACCAGCUGGCUUUCGACUCAGUCUUCCUGCGCAUCAAACAGCAGCUGCUGCUCGUCUCCAGGAUGGAUAGCUGGAACACAGCUGGCAUUGGCGAAACCCUGACAGACGAUCUGCCUGCCUUCAGCCUCACACCUCUUGAGUACAUCAGCAACAUUGGGCAGUACAUCAUGUCCCUGCCCCUGAAUCUUGAGCCAUUUGUGACUCAAGAGGACUCUGCAUUAGAGUUGGCCUUACAUGCUGGGAAGCUGCCAUUCCCUCCUGAGCAAGGGGAAGAACUUCCUGAGUUGGACAACAUGGCUGACAACUGGCUGGGCUCUAUAGCUAGAGCCACCAUGCAGACCUAUUGUGAUGGGAUCCUCCAGAUCCCAGCGGUGACCCCGCAUUCCACCAAGCAGCUGGCUACAGACAUCGACUAUCUGAUCAACGUGAUGGACGCACUGGGCCUGCAGCCAUCACGCACCCUCCAGAACAUUGCGACACUCUUGAAGGCCAAGCCCGAGGAGUAUAGACAAGUCAGCAAAGGCCUUCCACGCCGCCUCGCAGCCACAGUGGCCACCAUGCGUGGUGUGAAUUAUUGACCAAUCCUGAGAGGAGCACCCAGGCAGGGUCAGGACUGGUGUCUCUCAGAAUGGAUUCAUUCUCAGUAUCUGCCAGUGUUGGGGCUGUGUGUGUGUGUGUGUGUGUGUGUGUGUGUGUGUGUGUGUGUGUUAACUGAAAGAAAGGCUAUACUCCAGGCAUGGUGGUACAUGUCUAUAAUCCCUUGGGAGACAGGGGCAGGAAGAUUACUGUGAGUUUGACAUCAUCCUGGACUAGAGUGAUACCCAAUCUCUACAAGAAAAAGAAGUAAAUGUAAAUGAGAAAUAAUGUAUUAUUUAUCAGAAAAAAUUUUUCAGAUGAUUUUUAAAAAUAACCUUAAGUAGGCUUAAUAAACACCAUGAAAUGGGGCAAA